AUGCCGGGGUUAAAGACAGAAAGCAGCCAAGGGCCUGGAAGGCACCUGGAGAUUCACCAUGUCCUCUCCAGUGGAGUUCUGUCCUCAGAUCUCAUCUCUCCUGUGUUCUCUCCUUCCACAAACUCGUCCAUUCUCUUGGGCAAAGCAGAUCAGUUUGUAAAGACUUGCCAACUUAAGCCGGGUUUCUACGGCGCGAGGAAACCGUGCCCUAAAGUGAGGGCUCAAGACUUUCUAAAAAAAGGAGUCACCUUAUAUGUCAGGAGCGCAGAGGCGGGAGCCGCGGAGAUAACAGUCCCAGGAGCGCCCUGGCGGACCCCGCCCCUCUCCGGCCGGCCGCUCCGCCAGGCCGCCAGGGGUCGCCGCGCACCGUUGGGAUGGAGGUCGGCUUCCCUCCCACCUCUUCCUCAUCGCUGCUCCGCCCCCUGGCGGCGUCCGCGCCAAAAUCAAACCCGCCUCGUCCCGCCCCGCCUCUCGCCUCGCGCCUCGCGCAGCUCCGGCCUUCAGAAGACCCGCUAUGGUAAGAACCGAGGCCACGCUCCAGGCUCGCGCUCCUCCCGCCUCCCCGGGCGGCGGAUCCCCCCGACAGCGUGUAGUCCCGGCGGGCCUCGGGGGCCUGGCUCCCACGGAGGGGCCGCCAGCCUGACGGCGGCCCGAGCUCAGAGGCUGAGGCGUGGCCCUGGGCCUGCUACCCCUACGCCGCCGGGCGUUAAACCCCGAAGGCGUUCGGGAGCGUUACCCGAACGUCUUGCACACUUAGCGACCUGUCAGAGCACGAGUCGCUUCAGACCCAUUGCACCAGGCUCCCCGGAUUCCGCUGCCAAAGGUGCAGCCUCUCAGGAAGAGGGGCGAAAGUCAAAGAAAAAAGGACUGAGUGCAGAGGAGAAGAGAGCCCGCAUGAUGGAAAUAUUUUUUGAGACGAAAGAUGUGUUUCAGUUAAAAGACAUGGAGAAGAUUGCGCCCAAAGAAAAAGGCAUUACUGCUAUGUCAGUAAAAGAAGUCCUUCAAAGCUUAGUUGAUGAUGGUAUGGUUGACUGUGAGAGGAUUGGAACAUCCAAUUAUUAUUGGGCUUUUCCAAGCAAAGCUCUUCAUGCAAGAAAACGCAAGCUGGAGGUUCUGGAAUCUCAGUUAUCUGAGGGAAACCAAAAGCAUGCAAAUCUACAGAAGAGCAUUGAGAAAGCUAAAGUUGGCCGACAUGAAACGGAAGAGCGAACCAUGCUAGCGAAAGAGCUUUCUUCACUUCGAGACCAAAGGGAACAGCUAAAGGCAGAAGUAGAAAAAUACAGAGAAUGUGAUCCACAAGUUGUGGAAGAAAUACGUCAAGCAAAUCAAGUAGCCAAAGAAGCCGCUAACAGAUGGACUGAUAAUAUAUUUGCAAUAAAAUCUUGGGCCAAAAGAAAAUUUGGUUUGGAAGAAAAUAAAAUUGAUAAAAAUUUUGGAAUUCCAGAAGACUUUGACUACAUAGACUAAAAUGUUCGAUGUUGGUAAAAGAUCUGUGUACUUGUGAAUAUGUAAUUUUUAAAAAUAUUAUCCAACUAAAUGUACUGAAUUGCCAUUUACUUGUAACUGUGUUUAUCAUUUUGUUAAUUUUAAAUAAAGCAUAAUGUG